AUGAACACAGAAACACAUUUGACCCUUGGAACAUUGGUGUUUGCCUUUUUUGUGCCACUAUCAAUAGCUUCUAUGGAGUCAGUAACCAUUCCCAAAGAGAUGAGGACAGCUACAGCUAGGCUUUUAGUCAGUUCCACAAGCUGUAGUGUCACUUGUGGCCUGGGCUAUAAGGUAGAGGAAAUAUGUGACAUUGGAUCUGAUGGUAAAAGAAGAUACUGCACCCUACGGCGAACUGAAUGCUUGACCAACUGGCUUUGUGGAGUGAGGCACUUCACCGUCCUUGUUGGUAAGCCAUUUAAGCUCAGCUGCCUGACCUCUGAGGAGAUUGGCCCUGAGACUCAGAGCUUCAGCUAUACCUGGAGGCUGGCCAGAGGUAUCAUCACCACAGACGAUGCUCUUUUUGUGCCUUUCAAGACUCCCGGCUAUGUCAUUGAGCUUUCUCCAGCUGAAGAAUAUGAUGCAGGGACCUAUAGAUGUGAUGUGCAGCUCAUGAAAACCUAUAAACUAGUCAAGAGAAUCUAUUUUGGGCUUCGGGUGAUCCCUGGUAACUUGGUGGAUCUCAACUUUGAAAAAUCCUUGACUCUGGAACAGAAACCAGAAGCUGAGAACAAAACCCAACAGAACACAACCAUUGCUCUUUUCAAGUGGCAGCAUUACUCCUGGCGACAGAGAGCAUUGCUGGUGUUUCUGGCAGGCAUUGGAAGUGGUGUCUUAGGAGGUGCGUUGUUGGGAACCUUUCUCCAUUCUUUGCUGAAGAAUCGUCGUAAAUCUGAAAGUGUAGACAAAUGA